CACACUCAAAGUUGACUCACAAAGUAGGCAAAGACUAAAUUUGUUUUGUGGUUACUAGUCAAAUUAAAUUUUACAUCGCUUGGCCUUGUUUCCCAGCAGUCCGUGCACGUGAAAAACAGUUACACAUAUUUAUGCUGUCAUUCUUUUUAAGUUAAAAUGUCUCAAACUCCAUUGUUAAUACCUAAAAACUUUUUGCUAGGACGACAGUGCCUUAAGUCAAUGAAAAUCACAAAUACCUAUCAAAUUCGCAACCUUCACGACGGUAAAGCUGAAAUAUUUGGGAGAACAGCAAAUGAAAGCGUAAAUUUUCUUAGAAACAAUCACGUGCACAAUAACGACAUGGUGAACAUGAAAAAAUUCUUUUCAGGCACGUCUCAAGGCGGCGAGGAGAGCGCCUCCCAAAAAGUUAACCGUUUAGGUUUCAAGGUUCUAGCAAAAAGUUUAAAUGUAUUUGAAACAAUUCGGACAUCCAAUGAAGUUAGUGUUUUGAAGGCGGGUGGUCGCAAGAUUUGGCACCUGGCAAGUAACGCUUUCAGAAAGAAUGUGGCGGAGAACGAACGAGUGGUUGCUAUGAAGAAUGAUUUCAAGCAGAAGUUGGACCAGGCCCGAGAGGAAGAGAAGCGAAAUUGAAUUGUCAACAAUUGGCGUUAUUUCAUUAAAGUACGAGCUUUACCUGAAUGUAAAUUUGAUUGUUUCGUCUAAUAGACUCCAGAGAAAUGGUUA